CGGGAGGUGGGUGUGCGUAUCUGGGUGUGUCCAGCUGUGGUGGGGGAGGGGGCAGCCCAUCCCGGGGUCCUGAGGGAGGGGCCCCGCGAGGGGGCGGGUCCGGCAGCUUAGCCCGGCCGGGGGCCAAGGAGGUGGAAGGUCGCCCGGUGCCUGGAGGCGGGGUGAAGGAAAGUAGUGAGCGCCCCAGGAGUGCGCUGCGGCGGAGAGCGGACGACGUGACCCCGGUGCAGGGCAGUGGGACUAGGGUGUGGGGCCCGAGUCCAGUCAAGGAGCAGCACCUACCUCCGGGGGUGGAAAUGGGCCGGAAUGGGCCGGAACACCGUCCCGGAAGUGAAACCCCCCACCCCCUCCCACGAAGCGGGCGACGUGCCGGAAGGAAAUCACUCAGCCUUACACCGCCCCCAUUCCCCCACCCGCAGAGCUUCCCUUGCCUCGCGCCCCCUCCCCUCUCUGCUCUUCUUCCUAAAUCGGGAGGAGGGCGGGAGCCCGGUGUCUUGGUCAUGUCUCCGCCCACAAUGGCGAGGAAGGGCGGGGAAAAGGGGCGGGCUUAUGGGGCGGGAAGAAGGUGGUGCUGGAGGAGGGGAAGAUUGAGGGCGGCUAGGGGGAGGAGCCGAAGCAGUCGCUGCCGGGAGCGUGCGUCAUGGCGUCACCAAAGAAAACUCUUAUAUACGGGAGCCCAGGCACCAUUACGUCCUUUCGAGGUAGGAGGCCGCUUUGGUUUGGUAUGGAGCUAGGUGCGGAUGCAAUGUGGCGCUCGAUAGCACCUUAUGGAUAGUUGCGUCCCAAAGGAUGAGAAUAGCUGCUGAAAAUGACGAGAGUCUUAACCACCAAUCUUAACUGAGGCACCCAAAAUGGUGAUUUGGGGAACAGAGAGCACACCUAAGUUCACAUCAAGCUGUUUCUUCCCAGGUCCUAACGAGCAAGCCUAACUCAAGCUGUUGGCACACAGGCAUUACACAGAAAGCUGGAAGUUGAAAUGGUGGAAUCUAACUUGCCUGGACCAGCUUAAUGGAUUCUGCUGGUAACGUUUUUAUCCAUGGAUGGCUUGCUUGGGUGCAGAUUUCGGAGACCUUUUAAAGGUGUGGAGAGUCGGUUUGACUACACCGUGUGGAGCAAUUUGUGGUGCACGUUUUAAAGAAACAAAGGACUCGGAAUUCAUGAUUGAAGAAAUGCAGGCAGAUCUGUUUUAAAUGGAAUUUUUCAUCUUGUAACAGGCAGACCUGCUAACCUAAAAACUAGAGUUUUUAAUGACCACAGUAAGCAAGCAUGCAGUUUGGCCCUUGAAAGGACGGGAAAUGACUGUACCAGACACUUGCACCACAGAUUCCAUAGGGGCUUCACAUAAAAUCUUCCUCACAGAGGCUGCCGACUGCACAACAAGGGGUGAAAAGAGUUCCAAGAGACAUAUGAACUUACAGGAAUGUUAGUAAUUGGGAUUUCAGUCUCGACAUAGUUUUGUAGCCGGAUUUUGAAGAAUGAUUCGUGAAUCCCGAAUGGGUGACAGCGUCAUUACGGCAUUUUAUUGACAGACCAUGGAUUCUUAUGAUGCAUCAGAAUCAACUCCUAGACAAAGUACAUCCUUAAGGCCUGAAGAUUACUUUAUAGGUGCCACUUUUCUGCAGAAACGAUUAGAAUCAGUUAGGAAGCAGACUUCAUUUAUCCCGACUCCACCUCGAAGGAAAAUUCCCCAUUGCUCACAGUUACAGGAAGAUGUUGACCCUCAAAAGGUUGCAUUCCUUCUGCAUAAACAGUGGACUUUAUAUAGUUUAACUCCCUUAUAUAAAUUCUCCUAUAGUAAUCUCAAAGAGUAUUCUAGACUUCUGAAUGCUUUUAUUGUUGCUGAAAAGCAAAAAGGGCUUGCUGUGGAAGUGGGAGAAGACUUCAACGUCAAAGUGAUUUUUUCUACUGUCCUAGGAAUCAAGGGAACACAAAGGGACCCUGAAGCAUUCCUAGUCCAGAUUCUGUCAAAAUCUCAAUUACCAUCUGAGAAUAGAGAAGGUAAAGUGCUGUGGACUGGCUGGUUCUGCUGUAUAUUUGGAGAUAGUCUUCUGGAGACUGUUUCAGAAGAUUUCACCUGUCUGCCCUUAUUCCUUGCAAAUGGAGCAGAGUCUAACACAGCCAUAAUUGGAACUUGGUUUCAGAAAACUUUUGACUGUUAUUUCAGUCCUUUAGCAAUCAAUGCAUUUAAUCUUUCCUGGAUGGCUGCCAUGUGGACUGCAUGCAAAAUGGACCAUUAUGUGGCUACUACUGAAUUUCUUUGGUCUGUACCCUGUAGCCCUCAAAGUCUGGACAUUUCUUACGCAAUACAUCCAGAGGAUGCAAAAGCUAUAUGGGACAGUGUCCACAAAACACCUGGGGAGGUUACCCAGGAAGAAGUUGACUUAUUCAUGGACUGCCUUUAUUCACAUUUCCAUAGGCAUUUCAAAAUUCAUUUAUCAGCCACAAGAUUGGUUCGUGUUUCAACAUCUGUAGCUUCAGCACAUACUGAUGGAAAAAUAAAGAUUCUGUGUCAUAAAUACCUUAUUGGAGUGUUAGCACAUUUGACAGAACUGGCAAUUUUUCAAAUUGAGUGAGGCCUUAUGUGGACUAUAAGUUAAAGAUUAUAUACCCCUUUCUUAUUGAUUACUUGCCCAAUUGCUAUGCUGAAAGAGACUGCAGGAGAAAUAGGCAUCUAUCUCUUCAUCUGUUUUCCCCACCAUGCCUUUGGAGUUGCCAAGAUGGAAGUCAAGAAGGAUCUAGAAGAACAAAGAAUAUGGUAGUAGAUGAGCAACAGUCAGGUGCCCAUGUUGUAAUCAUGAUGAUCUGGCAUGCCACUCUCAAAAUGCUGAGUUGUUAAUUUCUUGUCAUCUUUAAAUAUGUCUAUAUAGGCUGGGCUUGGUGGCUCACACCUGUAAUUCCAGCACUUUGGUAGGCUGAGGUGGGUGGAUCAUUUGAUGUCAGGAGUUUGAGACUAGCCUGGCCAACAUGGUGAAAAUCUCUACUGAAAAUACAAAAAUUAGCUGGGUGUGGGGGUGCAUGCCUAUAAUCCCAGCUACUGGGGCAGCUGAGGCAGGAGAAUUGUUUGAACCCAGGAGACAGAGGCUGCAAUGAGCCAAGAUUGUGCCACUGCACUUCUGCCUGGACAACAGAGUGAGAUUCUGCCUCAAAAAAUAAAAAAAUAAAUAAAUACAGUGUUUAUUAUGUUUAAACGCUUAGGAUUCAAAUGAGAUAUAUCUAAUGGAUAUUUCUGAUUUGGGUCUUUAAAAAUCUUUAAAAAGCAUUUUAGACUUGCAUUCAGAAAGAACUGUCUUCUAAAGACAUUUUCCUAGCCAUUUCCCUGCAGAGAACUGGCAAUCAAAAUAUCCUCAAAAGGGAACUAAAGAUUAAUAUACACAUUGUUUUAGCCAUGAAUAUGCCUCCGUUUUAAAUACAGUUCAACUCCUGUUGCAAUGUUGAAUUAAAUGUUUAUUUUAAAAUGAA